GCCAUACGCAACGAUAGUUCGUCAAUGGUUCAAUUGUUGCUAUCUCGUGGGGCUGAUACAAGCUUGCGCGACAACGGGACCUUCGAUGAACCUGAUGGCUUCCUUCCAGUAGAAACGGCCGCGCGCUGUAAUGCCAUCGCUGCAAUGCAAGAACUCAUUGCUCAUGGCGUUGACUUUGAGUCUUCCAAAGCUAUUUUUCUCGCGGCAAAAGAGAACCACAUGGACAUGCUUCGUCUACUUUUCGAA